CACACAGGAAGUGUCAAAGGAUCAAGAGGGGAUUGUAAUUAUAAUGUCAAGACACCGACAACCAGCAUUGUAAAAGUACGACGUCGGUAUCUAUUAAGUUGAAAAUUAUGUAUAUUUAGCAAUGCAUUAAAUGCAACUUAUUGAUUUUGCAGGCAUUAUGCAAAUUGCUUGUUAAAUUCUGUUAUUUUUGUUUCAACUUCCGUGUUCAAAAUAUCCUGUUCGAAAUGGGAGCACAAGGAUGACUCGAAGUGUCGUACUAGUAGAUAUGUUGAUGUCACAUAUACUGUAAAGAUCAUUUGUCAGCAGUUAAUAGACACCUUUACUUCUUUAAAGAUGAUUUUUACUAAGGAAUACUGUGAAAUCGAGUCCGAAGGAAAAUAUUGUUUUAAGGAUAGAACAUUUUAAAAACUAGUUCCACCCUCCAGCGUCCUGUACAUUAAAGAAGAAAACAUGAAUGCUGCCCAAAGACAGCGUAUUAUACGAAGUGGAUGGCUGAAAAAGCAAGGAGGAAUGGUGAGGACAUGGCAUCGACGAUGGUUUUGCCUAAACAAUGAUUUCCUCUUUUACUUUGCUAAAGAGGAUGAUUCAAAGCCCUUGGGAUGUAUAUUUCUUCCGGGAAACAGGGUGUGUGAAGUUCCAUUUAACCCAGAGGAUCCUGAUAAAUGUCUUUUAGAGAUAAGCGCAGACUUGUCUUUGAUGGAAGACCCAGGCAAAGGACAGACCAGAGUAACGUCCAAUCAUGAAACCUACCUCUUGUGGGCAGCCAAUGAUGAGGAGCGACAGAAAUGGAUUAAAAACAUUAGAAAAGUCAUGUACUCCUCAUUUGGAGGUGCAAUAUUUGGACAAAGUUUGGAGGAGACAAUGGCUUUUGAGCAUAAACUUAACAGAAGAUUGCCAUACAUUAUGGAACAGUGUGUUCAUUUCUUGACUAAAAAUGGACUGGAUGUGGAGGGCAUUUUCAGAUUACCAGGUCGCAACCUAUUGAUCAAAGAGCUAAAAGAACGCUUUGACUCUGCUGAACGUGUGGUAUUUGACAUUGAGGAAGUGGAUGUACAUACUGUAGCUUCCCUGUUAAAAUUGUAUCUCAGAGAGCUCCCUCAGUCAGUGAUACCUGCAGAAUAUUAUCAGAAGUUCAUGAACAUUGCCCUAAGAUAUCAGAGUGCACAGACACCCGAGGACAAGCAGAAAGCCAUAUUUGAUUUGCGAGAAUCUUUACCAGAUAUCCCCACAGACAACUUUCAUAUUUUGUCCUUUUUGUGCAAAUUCUUGGCUCUAGUCAGUAGAAACUCGGAAGUUAACAAAAUGACCGUUCUGAACAUUGCUACUGUGUUUGGACCAAAUAUCAUUCGUAAUGUCUCGGAGGCAGACAGUGCAGAGUUGCUAAUGGCAACUGCAGAUAUUACCCAGCAGCUGGUGUUUAUGAUGAUUGAAUAUGAAAAAGACGUAUUUGUGGAAAAGCAGGUGGAUACCACUCCAGUAGGUAAUCUUUUGGACCUAGAACCUGAAGACAAUACAUGUGUUCUAAAGCCAACCUCACUCAAUCUAAUGGACUGUAUUAACAAGGAACUGUUUGGUUCAGAAAUCCCUGCAUCUGAAUUUGAAGAACUUCUUGCUUUGCAACAGUUAUCACUUGAUGGGGUGUCUCCUAUUGCUGAAAAUAAACCUGUAGCUCCUGUUAGGAGAAAGAAGAUGGCAAACAGACGUGGGGAAAAUAGAAAAGUGGUUAUGUCUGGUACAGAAGAGGAACUUGAAACCCAUUUUCCUGUUGGUCCGGAAUCUCCAGAUUCUGAAAACCAAGACUCAGAAUUAGCGGAAUCUAGUGAUAACCUAUAUAAUGGUCAGACAGCGGUAGAACUAGACAUUCAUAGUAAAUGCGAGCAACUCGAACAGCAAAAUAAAACUCUGCAAGAACGUGGAGUUCAACAAGAAGUGAAGAUAAACGAGAUGCGGAUGAAAAUAGCUCGAUUGGAGAGAUACAUGAAAGAACUAACAAGGAGUAAUUCUGUCAUCGUACAACGAUAUGAGGCCAGAAUAUCAACAAUGGACAAUGCUCAUAAAAAUGCGAUAAAAACCCUUCAAGACAAACUGAAAGCUGAGAAGAAGUCGACGGAUGAAGCAGUGAAGCGUGUCAUGAUUCUACAAACACAGCUUCAGCAUUAUCAUCUUAAAUAUGGUGAACUUCCAGAAUAAUCUAUGGAUUGUUACAUGGCUUGAUACUUAUGUUUAUAUAGUUAUUAUUUAAUGUCAUAAGCUGUAGCAGUAGUGUUAACUUUAUUUGUUCCCAUUUAAGGGAAUUAGAGGGAACAAAUAAAGAGCAAGAGAUUACAAAAUGGAUCUAUGAAUUACCAAGUUUGACACUCAAACUUCAUGCAUUCUUCACUUUAAGAUUAUUUUGGUACAUUCCAGUUGAAGUCUUUGAAUUGUUACCAGAUCAACUUUUCAUUGUGAUUUGGGGUAGAGUUAUGUUGUUAAAAACAAUAUUCUAAUUCUUUCGAAAUUCAAAUACAGUGCAUAUUCUUUUUUCUUCAAAGUUUUAUAAGUAUGUUGAUAUUUAUUUCAAUGUUUUAUGACCAGAUUAAACAACUGUUUUGAUAUCAAAGAUUAAUUCUUUGCAGAAUCAAUGGUCUUGCUAUGGUAAUGUACACUUUAUCUCACAUAGUACACUAUGCAUGUAUGGUUUUUUUAAAGGUCUAUUUUUAUUUCUUUUUCUACACACUUUUCAUGUUAUGUUGUAAAGACACAUUAAAUCUGUUUUAUGCAAUGUGAAAAUUGAAAAUGGCAUUACAACAUCAAUUGCAUAUGAAAGUCACCUCAUGAUAACAAAUUUUGAAAGUGAUAAAUGUACUAUAUAAUUACAUACGAUAAUGAGUGUGCAAAACAGAUGAAAGAAUGAGCUUACCUAUAAAUAGAACUGUGUAAUUGAAAUUUCUUUUUACAAGAAAGUGGAUGUAAAAAUUUGUACAUUGUCAUGUAUAUUUAGGACUGUUUAUAUUUACAGUACUGUAGUCAUACAAUCAUCAUUUAUAAUUCAAUAUUUACAUAAUUCUAAUAAGAAGUGUCUUGUUUUUGAAUUGUUUUAAUACAAAAUAUGUACUAUUUGAUAUUACAGUGUUUGGAAUGUACUUUUCUUUACUAAUGGACAUAAUUAUUUCUAUGUGCAAUGACUUUCAACUAAAUCUGUUCAUGUUUUUUUCUACUAUAUUGCUCAACUGAACAUGUGUUUGUUUUUUGCCGGGCUUGCUUGAGUGUUUUUUUUUUUUAGGGAUUCUUUUCUCCCUAUUACUUUUGUUGAGGUUUUGUACAUAAAAAUUUGAUUGGUGAGACCUCAAUUUACGGCUUUUCCUUCAUCCGUGCAACAUUCCAAUGGUCACAUAGAGAGUAAUCUGUACAGAUGGUUAUAACUAUACAUGUCUCAUACACUGGUGCAAUCAUGAGUAAAUGAAUAUUAAACAAAAAA